UGUAAAGUAUGUGUGUACUAUUGUGAAAUAUUAAGUGACACGGAGGAAAUAUCACAAAAAAAUAAAAAACACUUCCGCGAUGUUUCUGGUAUCGUGCUGCUCCUGCUAGGUGUGUGUGUGUGGGUGUGUGUGUGUGUGUGUUUACAGGUAAUCGAUGAACGAAUCCGUGUUUAACAGUUCAGGAAACAAUGAUUGAGGAACGAAGAGUUAAAAAAAGUUACAGUUGGAGAUGGUCUGGACCGGAGCUGAGCUCAUAGGGUGACUAUAUCGGACGAACGAUGUUGACUCAGGCGCCCUCCAGUGGCAGAAAACCGAACAUCAUAAAUAAAAAAAGAGCCGAAGUCAGUUUUAAAGAUUUACUUCUUUAAUUCUUUAAAUUAACGGCCCUUAUUUUUACUUAAACUUAAUUUUUUAUUUAAACUGUAUGAACUUUAUUUCUUAAACUUUCGACCUCUGUUUCAGAAAUAUCGUUGUUGUCAUUGUUUUUACUUUCAACAGGAAAAAGUAUCUUUAAGAUACUUCAGUAAUGUGUGUGCACUGUGUAAUACCUGUACAAACUACUUUCCACAAGUACAAUUCUUUUUCAACUGUGUAACAACAGUGUACUAUCACUGGUUUAGUUUAGCUUUAUAUACGGUCUUCCUCUAUAUUUACAUUAUACUUGUUUUUCUUUAAAUGUUAAUCUUUCAAAAAUUAUUUUUUGUUAAAAAUAUCUGCUACAUCGACAUUUUAAAGACAUUUAUUUAACACAAACGUGGCUUUGUAGACUGUUCCUGUUUCAUGUGUGUGUGUUUUGUCGACCUUUUACCCGGUAACAGUCCAGGUUAAUCACUAAUUUGCAAAUUAUUUUAUUUUGUGACAUUUUUAAAUGUUUAUCAACGUUACCGGAAGUCGAAGUUGUAUUUACGGAUGUUUGCGGAUGUUGUUUCUCCACGGUCUGUUUUUACGGUCGGACUCCUGGCUGAUUGAAAUCCAACAUGGCGGCGGAUCACCGUCUCUCAUCUUCCUGCUUAUUCUCCGGGCCGACGCUGUGCUCUAACGGCGUACAGCCGCUGAGUGACCCUCAAUCGGAGAUGGAGACGCUGCGGAGGAUGGUGAGCGAGCGGCUGACUGCAGCGGUGGAGGAAAUUCUAACGGUGUUCGGGAGAACCGUGUCCCGGUACAGGGAGCAGAUCGACCUGCAGCAGCGACAGCUGGAUGGCCUGAAGACCGAGGAGGGAAGAUGGGGCUCGGCAGCAGGUGUGGACGAGGGGGGGCAGGUGGACCCCGGCUGGGCCGCUGCCCCUCAGGUUAAAACAGAGGCGGAAGUCAACAAGGAUCAAAGUCCGGUCGAGUCCAAACAGCCGAACAGUUCUGACACUGACGACAGCAGCGACUUCUGGAGAGACGACGAGGUAGGAGGCGAGAAGACGGAGGAUACCAAAGGUCAAAGGUCACCUGAUGUCCUGAAGGGGAGCAGCUCCACCGAUCAGACACCUCUGCAUUUGACGUCCCACCGAUCGUCGUCGCCCCCCGUGUCCGUCUGUAGAAUGUGCGGGAAGUUUUUCCAGAGGCGGGGCUACCUGUUGGCUCACGCCGCGACACACCCCCAGGACUGCGGCGUGUGCGGGAAACACCUGGAAGACGGUGAGUCGCUGCAGCUCCACCUGCGGCUCCACAGGGAGACGCCGUUUGGCUGUGGGGUGUGCGGUCAGCGCUUCACGCUGCGCGGGAACCUGACUUCGCACCUGAGGAUCCACUCGGGCGAACGUCCGCACGCCUGCUCCGUCUGCGGGAAGAGCUUCGGCCGUCGGGCCACCCUGCUGCGACACAUGCGCAGCCACACGGGGGAGAAACCCUUCACGUGCACGUUCUGCGGUCGCGGCUUCGUGGAGAAGGGUAACCUCACCGUGCACAUGCGCACGCACACGGGAGAGAGACCGUUCAGUUGUCACAGCUGUGGGCGACGCUUCAGCCAACAGUCGUGUUUCCAGAGACAUCCGUGUCCAGGACCAGGACCAGGACCAGGACCAGGACCAGACUGUGUCGUCCAUAUGAAACCGGAAGUGCCUUUACUGUUUUGGCAUCAGUGGUUUUUCUGGCCGUUUGUGUGGUUCCGUCAGGUCGCGCUCGACUCGGUUCGCGUGUCGGUGUUCGUCUCUACUCGUGUCGUCAUGUCGAAGAUCACGAUGCUCCGCCUUCUCAUUACACAGCGCCUCACCGCGGCCGCGGAGGAAAUCUUCAGCGUGUUCGGUCAAACCAUCGCCGAGCUCGAGGACGAGAUUUCGCGCGUCCGCUUGGAGAACGCGCGGAAUAGAAGGAGGGCGGAGCUAAGCGCGAGACCGCAGGUGGUCCUCAGAGGGGGAGGGGUUCGGUCGGUAGGAGGCGCUGCAGGAGGGGUCUCGGAGCAGGAGUUCAACUCCUGCAGCAGCGCUGACCUCAGCGUCGACGUGGACGCAGCUCUGGAAGAAGAGACGGAGUUUUUUCAAAUCAAAGAAGAAGAAGAGGAGGAAGAGGAGGAAGAGGAGGAGGAGGAGGAGCAGCAGCACAGGAUCCUGGGGGCGGAGCAGCAGGACAUUCCUCCAAUCCCGGAGCACCAGCCCAGUUUGUUCCACAGCAUCACGAACAGAGACGAUCACCUGACUACGUCAGAGCUCCGCCCACAGCCGGGGACCUCGGCCCCGCCUUCCUACCGUGACUCAGACGAGCCAACCAAACGCAGGCGGCUGGGCGCGCCGCCGUCCGAGGUCCUGGACUCGUACGUCUGUACCAUUUGUGGACGCGUCUUUGCUCACCGCGCUCACUGGGCCAAACACGUGCAGGUGCAUCGCAAAAGCCACGGCAACUCCGAAAAAUCGUACACCUGCGACAUCUGCGGCAAGAAGCUGACGCGACUGGACGGCUACCAGAAACACCGGCGGGUCCACACCGGGGAGAAACCCUACACCUGCGGACAGUGUGGGCGGAGCUUCAGCGACAACUCCAACUACAAAAGACACGUCCGCACACACGCCGGACAGAGGACGAGCCAGAGCUGAGGAGACUGAGGGAGGGGCCAGGUCAGGUCAUCACCCCCACACACCCCCACACCCUCCCGCUUUGGUCUAAUGAUGUGUGUAUUUGAAGUAGGUCAGAUGGUACACACUGUACUGAGGAAGUACACAGAGCACUAACGAUCCGAACUAGAACAUUCUGGACUGGAACCAGAUUUGAAUGAAGACACAGGUUUGUUGAUGAUCGAGUUUGAUCUAAAUAUAAACUGUGUCCUUGUGGGAUUGACAAACAUCAGAGACCUCGUGUACGAUACUGACCUAGCAUAGAUAGCAGCUAUGCUAACGUACAACAUGGCCGACCUAAAAAUAAAGCGUAUGUUAAAAUGAA